GCUCUGCUCCGCUCCGCUCCGCCGGGUGCCGGCGGCGGCCGCAGCGCGCAGCGGUGGCGGGGCCCGCACGUCGGGGCGGCGCGGCGGUGACCGGUGUGGGGGUGAUCGGUGUGGGGGUGAUCGAUCAGUGUGUCUGGUGGUCGGUGUGACGGUGCUCAGUGAGGUUGGUGGUGAUCGGUGUGUCUGGUGGUCGGUGUGGCAGUAGUCAGUGUGGCAGGUGGUGAUCGGUGAGGGGGUGAUCGGUGUGGCUGUGAUCGGUGUGGCUGUGAUCGGAGUACCGGCGGUCGGUGUGGCAGUGGUCGGAGUGCCGGUGAUCGGUGCGGCAGUGGUCGCUGUGGCUGUGAUCGGUGCGGCAGUGGCCGGAGUGCCGGCGGCCGGAGUGCCGGCGAUGGGCGGCACGGCGCUGUCGGGAGCGCUGUGGCUGGGGCUGCUCUGGGCCGGGAGCGGGGCCGGGGGCAGCUGCCAGGGAAAGUGCUGCCAGGGCCGGGAUGCCGCCUGCGUCGGCGAGGGAUGGAGGGAGGGAGGUGUCUACGGGACCUGCUACUGCGACGAAGGCUGCCGGCGAGCCGGGGACUGCUGCCACGACCACGGCCAGGCGUGCCCGGCUGUUCCCUGUGUUGUGGGGGAGUGGAGUCAUUGGAGUGGCUGUGCAGAGCCAUGCCAUCCCGGGCUGCGGGUCCGCAGGCGCUAUGUUCAGCAGGAACCUAAAAACGGUGGGGAGCCGUGCCCAGCUCUGGAGGAGAAGGCUGGCUGCCUGGAAUACCUGACUUACCAGGGACAGGACUGCGGCCAUGAGCACGUCCCUGCUUUCAUAACUACCUCUGAAUACGCUAAAGAAAGAAAAAGACGAGCAGCAUCUUCUCUCUGGCCUUCAGACAAAGAAGCACCAGGGUACUGUGUGGAGUUCAGGACGGAGCGGCUGUCGCAGCACUGUGCCCUGGAGAGGCGCCCGUUCGCGCGCUGGAUGCGGUACCUGCGCGAGGGACACACCGUGUGCGUGGCCUGCCAGCCGCCGGCCAUGAGCACGGCCACGCGGCGCUGCUCCGGCGACGGACACGGCGCUCACGGAGAUAAAAUCUUACACUGGGAAGCAAUUGGCAACUCUCAGUGCCAAGGAACCUGGAAGAAGAUCCGGCAACUGGAACACUGUUCCUGUCCCCUGGUGCACAGUUUUCUUUUUACAUAAAAGUUUAAGAGAUAUUUAAAAUGUCAACAAAAAGAAUAAGAAAAUUAACAUCAAUGCCAAGAAACCUACAUAUUUCUGCUGCAUUUUCUGGAGCCUUAACAAAUUUUAAAUGAGUCGGAACAUUGGCAGAAGCAUUUCGGGAAAUUCUCUCUGCCUUAAUACAAAAUGCCAAGACCGAUCUCUGUACUAGAACACUAGAAGCAUGUUUCCAUGUUUCUCUUUUGUAAUUAAAGAGCUAAUGUUUCUAACCA